CUUACCGCCCGCCGUUCCGGAGCUCGCCUGCGAGACGGAGGGGACUACCCCAACCUCGCGCAAUUCCAGGCCGUCCGGCCUGAUACCCUCAACAUCAUGUGGAAGCCGUCGGAGAGACUGAUGGACACCAUCAGACACUAUGCCAGCUUCCCAGCGACCGGCGUCUCUCUCCGACAAAUGGUUCAAUUUGGAGACAGACCAUCAGUUGGCACUUUGUUCCGAGCGUCACAAUUCCUCUCAGAAGAACUACCCAUUCGUCUCGCCCAUCGUGUCCAGGAUCUUGGAGAACUUCCCGAUGGACUCAGUGAAAUGCCCUCGAUCAAAAAAGUCCAAGAUUGGUACGCACAAUCGUUCGAGGAAAUCAUUACGCUGCCGCGACCCACCCUCACCCAGGAAGUCAAAUCCCGCCUGCUGCGCCCGGGAAAGCUUAACGGCGGGACCUCGAGGAUCCUCUCGGAAGUCACACAGAACCCCAGCAUUCGCGAAGGACAGUAUCGAUCCUCCCCGUCCUCUACGUCAAACGGCAAUGGAAAUGGCAAGGCUGCGGCCUCUCGAAGAUAUUAUGCACCAUCCGACGAUCAAGGAAAUUGGCCACCGGAGCUGAACGACUACAACGAGCGAUUUUCACAGACACUCAAGGAAAUCAAGCGAAGACACGACAGCGUCGUGACUACUGUGGCCCAGGGUAUUCUCGAGUGGAAACGGAAGCGUCAGCGCCUGCAAAUCGACUCGACGGUUCAAUCCUUCCUCGAUCGCUUUUAUAUGUCAAGGAUCGGCAUACGAAUGUUGAUUGGGCAGCAUAUCGCAUUGACUGAACAGACUCACGUAAAACAUCCACACUACGUCGGAAUAAUCUGUACCAAGACAAAUGUGCGGGAGAUAGCCCUCGAGGCGAUCGAAAACGCCCGUUUCGUCUGCCAGGAUUAUUACGGAUUGUUCGACGCCCCCAAGGUGCAGCUUGUGUGCAAAGAGGACCUGAACUUUAUGUAUGUGCCAGGACAUCUGUCCCACAUGCUCUUCGAGACCCUGAAGAACUCCUUGCGUGCGGUGGUGGAGGCCAAUGGUGUGGACAAGGACAACUUCCCCGUCACCAAGGUCAUCAUCGCGGAAGGAAAGGAAGAUAUCACAAUCAAGAUUUCCGACGAAGGUGGUGGCAUUCCUCGGUCUGCCAUUCCCCUGGUUUGGACGUAUAUGUACACUACCGUGGAGCAAACCCCAAGUCUGGACCCGGAUUUCGACAAGAGCGACUUCAAGGCUCCCAUGGCCGGGUUUGGCUACGGUCUUCCGAUCAGUCGUUUGUAUGCUCGGUACUUUGGCGGUGAUCUGAAGUUGAUCAGCAUGGAGGGAUACGGGACGGAUGUCUACCUCCACCUGAAUCGACUCUCCUCGAGCUCGGAACCCCUGCAAUGACAAUUACCAGUCAUGAGGGAUGGUCGUGUCCGGUUCUCUACUUCCCACAGACUGCAUCCUUUCUACUCGGAACCGGAUCCAUCACCAUCACCAUCCCAAGGAUUGACGCCUAUGAACAUCGAACGUGCCCGUGCCCGCAUGCGCACGCGGGAAGUCUCCGAGCGAAAGCAAGUAGGCGAUGCGGCGAG